AUGGCAGCUUAUGCUGCUCUCCUUUCCAUUGCUCGAUCCACACAUCCCAAUAAUGAAUCUCUCUUUUCUUCCAAAGCGAAAGAAAUAGUAGCAUCUAUCCACGACUAUGCCAAUUUUCUGAUACUUUUCUUUCAAGAGUUUCCACACAAAGUCAGCCGUUGGGAAACAAGGAUUAGGGAUAUAGCUUACAAAAUUGAGGAUAUUCUCGAAACCUUUAUGUGGCAGCGAAUCCAAUCGCAUCAACCUUUACACGUCAAAUUGGAUGAUCAGCUUAAAAAUUUAACCGUUGAAAUCGGUUUAAUCGCCGGAGAAGUCAUGGAAGAGCGACCUGCUUAUAAACCUCCUUCAUCAUCAAGACUACUAGCAGCUACUGGCAACGGUUCAGUCAUUGGUUUACGCGAAGAUAUCUUAGCAAUAAAGAUGCGCCUUUGUGGAGAGCCAUCAUCCGGUCUUCAAAUCAUCCCCAUUGUGGGAAUGGGUGGGAUCGGUAAGACUACACUUGCUAGAGCUGUUUAUGAUGAACUAUGUAUCACGAAUUAUUUUGAUGUUUGUGCUUGGGUUGUGGUAUCGCAAGAUUACAGUCCACAUAGGUUUAGGAAAGUUCUUUUAGAUUCAUUUAAAUUAUUAGAAAAACAAAUGUCUGGAGAUGAGAUUGGUGAAUCUGAAAUUGCAUUGAAAGUGUUUCAAUAUUUGAAGAGAAGGAGGUAUCUUGUUGUAAUCGAUGAUGUUUGGGAUAAGCGUGUUUGGGAUGAUAUAAGGUGCAUCUUUCCGGAUGAUAAUAAUGGAAGUAGAAUUAUGUUAACCACAAGACAAUUGGAUGUGGCAUGUUAUCCUGAAACUGCAGGCGAUGUUCAUGAGAUGUCGUUCAUGAAUGAUUCUCAAAGUUGGGAUUUGCUCAAGCAAAAGGUGUUCCCAGACAGCCUUUGUCCACCUCAAUUGGAGAAUGUUGGGAAAGAGAUUGCACGGAGGUGUGCAGGACUACCUCUUGCUGUUGUCCUCCUUGCUGGCGUCUUAUCUCCAGUAGAUAAGAUUCAAGCUUCUUGGGAGGAAAUUGCUGAAAAUGUUAAUCCUAUUGUUGGCCGGGAACUAGAGGAGAUACUAUCUUUGAGCUACACCUAUUUGCCUCAUCAUUUAAGGUCUUGUUUUUUGUAUGUUGGAGGUUUCCUACAGGAUGUGAAUAUUCGCACUUCAAGACUCGUUAGAUUGUGGAUAGCAGAGGGUUUUCUGAAACAUCAAAAUGGAUGCAGUAAAAGCUUGGAAGAUGAGGCUGAGGAGUAUUUGGAGGAUCUUGUUAAGAGAAAUCUUGUAAUGGUGGCCAGUAGAAAGAGUAAUGGAAAAAUCAAGAGUUGCUGCCUCCAUGAUAUGGUACGAGACAUGUGCAUUAAGAAAGCCCGCGAUGUGGACUUUCUUCAUGUUAUGGAUGGACUUGAUCUUCCACAAGGAUUGAUGAAUGAGAGACGCAUCAGUUUCAGUCGAUUUUAUGCAGACAACAUUUUGGGUCCAACUUUCCGGACCAUUUUAUGCUUCCAAAUCCAGAAAUUUUCCAGUUGGCUAUCCGAGUUGGAAGUUAUAAAUUGCUAAGAGUAUUGGAUGCUUUAGGUGUACACCUAAAAGAACUUCCUUCCCAAUUAUUUGAGCUGUAUCAUUUAAGAUAUCUUGCUUUAAUGGGAUCUUUUACCAUUCCAUCAGCUGUGUCUAAUCUCGUGAAUCUUCAAACGCUGAUCAUUCAUCUAGCAUCUGGAAGGCUACGGGAAAAGCGUGAUGGUGGUGUCCGUCACUCUUUGCCGUUGGAAAUUUGGAUGUUGCCACAGUUAAGGCAUCUUUUCUGCCAUUCUCCUCAUAUGCUACCUCAUCCAUUACAAGGAUUAAACCUUCCUCUUGAAAAUCUCCAAACUCUUUUGCUUGUAUCAGAUCUUGUAUUGGAUGAAAAGAUCCUACAAUUGAUUCCAAAUGUCAAGAGAUUGGGACUUACUUAUAUAACCCCUCAAAGUCAAUCAUUUGAACUUCAUCUCCAGGAUUUGCAUCAACUUGAAAAAUUGGAAGUGAUUGGAUAUGGAGGAUCCUUAUGGAGAAGCAAAAGUCCUAGUUUUCCUUGUACAUUGAAAAAGUUGACCUUAGUAGGUGUGGGAUUCACUUGGAAAGAUAUGGCCAUUGUGGGUUUGUUGCCAAAUCUGGAAAUCCUCAAACUACUAAAUUAUGCUUGCUAUGGUUUGACAUGGGAAACAAAUGAUGACCAUUUUCCUCAGCUGAAAUAUCUUCUCAUUGAUGGAUCAUAUCUCGAGCAAUGGAUAACUGAGAGCAACCCUUUCCCAACACUCAAAUGCUUGGUGCUUCAUUCUUGCAGGUCUUUAAGAGAGAUUCCAGAAGGUAUAGGAGAAAUUCCAACACUUGAACUCAUUGAAGUUGAAUACUGUACUGCUUCUCUUGUGGAAUCAGCCAAGAAGAUAAAAGAGGAUCAAGAGAGUUAUGGAAACGAUGUUCUACAAGUUGUUUGUGCCAGUCAUGAGGUUUUUGGAGGCUUGAAGUGUGUGCGAUUUGCAUAAGAUGAUGGUGUUGCGCAGCUUUUUGCAAAGAAAAGCAAUAAGGCUAGGCUUAGUGCUGCUGAUAAAGGAAAGGGAAAGGUGAACUAGGAAGAAAAUUGUAUUGAGUCUGAAGAUGAGAGGGAAGGAGAAAAAAUGAAGUGUAUCGGUUCCCUGAAGUGAUCUAGUGUGAUGUAAAAUUUGUGACAGCUUUUUGUCAUAGGUUUGAUGACCACCAAUGUGUCUAAGUUGAGAUCAUAUGAAUCAGCUAUGACUCUACCUCCCUUUUUUCAAUUUUCUUGAGGAGACUAGUACAAGAACAUAACUUGGAUCUAGGUAGGAAUUCAUGUUUGUUGUACUUACUAUUGAGUUUAUGCAUUUUGAUCUAGUAGCA